GCCAUGGUCCUUGUUCUCCUGGUGGCCAUACCCCUUUUGGUCCACAGCACUAAAGGGGGCGGAGCCGGAAAUGCAGGAAGCCAUUACGAAAUGCUUGGCAGUUGUCGGAUGGUUUGUGACCCUUACACCCCUUCCCAAAAUGGCCAGGAGCUAACGGCGGUCUCCCCGGCACCCUCUGAGUUCACAGGGAGAAGGGGCAAGUCCGGAUACCGUGGACCUCCCGGACUCCCAGGACCGCCUGGUCCCCGAGGGCCCCCUGGAGAGCCUGGUAAGCCCGGUCCACAAGGGCCACCUGGCCCUGGCCCAGGAGGCUAUGUGCCCUCCUUCUACAGCCCCAAAAUCGCUUUCUAUGCAGGCCUACGCAAGCAGCAUGAGGGCAGUGAGAUACUCAAGUUUGAUGAUGUGGUCACCAACGUUGGCAACUAUUAUGAGCCCAGCACUGGCAAGUUCACCUGUCCACUGCCUGGCAUCUACUAUUUCACCUACCAUGUCCUUAUGAGGGGCGGGGACGGAACCAGCAUGUGGGCUGACCUCAAGAAGAAUGGCCAGGUGAGGGCAAGUGCUAUUGCCCAGGAUGCAGACCAGAAUUACGACUAUGCCUCCAACAGUGUGAUCCUGCAUUUAGAUGUGGGAGAUGAGGUGUGUGUGCAGCUGGACGGGGGGAAAGUCCACGGGGGAAACACCAACAAAUACAGCACCUUCUCUGGCUUUCUCAUCUAUCCUGACUAA